CCGAACCGAGCUCGAAGAGCGGUCGGGCCUGCGUCGCCGCCGUAUAACUCGGUGAUUUCGCCUGGAGCUUAUUUAUUUCGAACCUGAAACUCGCCGCGGCAACCACGUGCUACGAUUGCAGCUGCGAGUCAAGUAAGUCGGAGACUGUCUUCUAUUGCGACAACGCUUUUCUGUUCGAUCGCGGUAGCAUCAAUCGAACGAACAUUAAGCAACGUUCGUUAAGAGGAAACAGAGCAAAGAGAAAAGAAAAUAAAUAUAAAAAGAGAAAUAGAGAGCGCGACUGGGGGAAAGGAAAAAGGACGGCGCGAGUCGUCGCGAACGUCAAACGAAGAAAAAAAGAAGCAAAGUGGAGAAAGAAGGAAAGAGAAAGGCGCAGAGAUACGCUGUGCGUUGUAUGAGCGUCGGUGUUUGGGAAACGUGCUCGAAUCCUUUUUUACAGAAUCAGUGCGCUUCGUCGGUACAUCGAACUUCUUCUAGAAGCUACGAUACGAUAGCCGCGGACGCUUUCGCGCCGAACUUAUCGAUUUUUCCUUUAGCACAGUUUAAGGGCAGUCUGUUUCGGUGUUGUGCGUGACGAUCGUUUAGUUUCGGAAGAAGGAGAAGAAGAAGAAGAGGACGAAGGCGAAGAAAAAGAAAAAGAAGAAGAAACACGAACCGAAGGUCUCGUUUGUAUUACACCGAAUCUUUGCCCCAAACAACACAUACUCUGUGAUAUACUUCGUCAGAAUCUUUACUACUCUGUGAUUUGUGAUUUGUGAUAACGAUAUUUAUUAUUUUUACGAGGACUUUUAGAUUUAUUCCAGCCGCAAUUCCUGUAAUAUAUUUCAAAGGUUACCGCAUUCAAUCGAGUACUAACGGUGAUUAGGAACGACACAUCGUGAAGACCUACGCCGACCAGAGAGCCAUCGGAAAUUUAAUCGGUCUUUGGAUCAGCGACAAGAAAGGAAAGAGAAAGAUAAGGAGCGCUGGAGCAGAAGAAACUGUUUUGAACGUGUUUCAAAGAUUACACGGCACGUUUUACGAAACGAAGUGAUUAACGAUAAACAGCUUAGGUUUCGAUAAGGCUGGCAUACAUCGUACAGCCAGUAAGGGAACGUCGAACAUUCGACUCAUUUUCGUCCGGAAACUCGUACGAGAAAGCGAGGAUCAGCUUGGAUCGAACGCGUCGGUUGCUGAGAAGAAAGCGAGAAAGAAGUUUCUCGAAGCUUGGUUACCGCUGUCGCUGGUGUUGAAUGCUGACUCUACCGCAACAUAGAAGGUCACGGUUUUACAUGCCCGUCGUUUUGUAGCUUACGAACAACUCGUUCAACUGCACGGUGAGCCAAAUCGUCGAAAAUAAAUCAGGAAACGGCCAGGGGACCGUAAAUAGCUUGCCGAUAUUCUCGACCAAUUUCCUCGAGGCACGCGCAAAUCGAAGGAUUUUACAUUCGCUGGCGUGGAACCUUGAGCGAUCGAUCCGUAGAUCCUGGGACCUUGAUUUUGAACUUCGACGGAGAAGAAUAUACAAGCCAAACGUUGCUUCGAGCAAAAAGAAGCUUAAAAAAAGUUUCUACGUAACCGUCGAUAAAAAGCACAGAGAGAAAUCAUCGGCCCUCUCCUUUCUCUCGAUAAAAUAUACAAGUAACAAGUAUACAACGGAGAGUCGCGGAAUUUCGAUCGAACGAAAUAAUAGAUUUACCAGUACGUUUGUUUUCAUUGGGAAUCGAGUUAGAUUCGAAACGGCAGAAGUUCGUACGAUACGAUACUCCCGGUGAGUAGUGGCGGAAAGAAAAUACAGCGACUAAAGGAGAGAGAAGUUUCUCGAAGCUUGGUUUACCGCGCGCUGACUGUGCUCUAAACUCGCUCGAAAAGGAGAAACACGAGCGGGCAAGGCAUACGACGGAGAAGGUCUUACAGGAAAGAAAGAAGCCGAUGGGUGUGCGCCGUCUCUGAGAACGAGGAAGACAGAAACGGAAUCGUUGCUGCCGUAACCUGGGACAGAUUUAAAAGGCCCACGUGCUCCACUUAGCCCCCCCGUUCCGAUAGAAACUACAGUGCAAACUUUCAAGGCGAAGAGGAAGCUAGAACAGGAUCCACAGGGGACGAAAGGAAACGGAGGAAAAGCCUGGGGAUAAGGAACAGGAUUAACUACGAUCGAAGUUGAACGAAAGGAAAGAAAAGUCGACCGCUGGAAAAAAAGGGACGAGCGCGGGUCGAACAAAGACGGAGAAGUAAAUUGGUUGCAAAGAAGUGGAAUAUAAAAGAUAGAAAGAUAGAGAGGAAAGAAAGGCACGAGUAUAUACCAUUGCAGUUGAAGAUGGCAAAGGGCAAACCGUUAACGGUCUCGGAGCGGCGGGCGAACGACGUGUUCGACGAAGAAUCGAUAGCUGUACGAUCGCGAUGGCGAAAUUUCGCCGCCUUCUGGAUACUCGGACUCUGCAACAAUUACGGAUACGUGGUGAUGCUUAGCGCCGCGCACGAUAUACUUGAGAGCAAAUUCGGCACGACGAUGGAACCUGUCACGGAGUUCACGAAUGGCACCGUGACGACCACCAACACCACCGGGAUUCGAUCUUGCAACACAUUGUCCACUGGCGCUAUAUUGCUAGCGGAUAUAUUACCAUCGCUAGCGGUGAAGACGAUCACGCCGUUCCUGCCUUUUUACGUACAUGCUCGACUGGCUACCUGUGUGUUAUUUUCCGCUGCAGGAUUCCUUAUGGUGUCGUUGAGCACUACUGAAUGGCUCGCCAUUCUGGGCGUCGUUGUAACGUCACUCUCUUCCGGUUUGGGAGAAGUUACUCUGCUGAGUUACAGUCACCAAUACCCCAAACAAGUAAUAGCGACAUGGUCUUCCGGUACUGGAGGCGCCGGAAUAAUUGGCGCGCUAUCUUAUGCCUCCCUCACCAUGUGGUUGAGUAACGAAGACACAUUGUUAGUUAUGUUAAUCGUACCGAUUAUACAAGGAAUCACUUUCUGGUUGGUUCUGGUUCACCCGCCGCAGUCCAGUAUCCCGAUCACUAAGAACGGUAUCGACAGUCAAGAACACAUCAUUGAGAUCCCUAGGAAGAGCUUUAAAGAAAAGAUCAAUCUGGUACCGGGAUUGAUGAAGUAUAUGAUCCCGCUUGGGCUCGUGUACCUCUUCGAAUAUUUCAUUAACCAAGGAUUGUACGAGCUGAUCGAAUUCGAUGACAUUUGGCUGACGCACGCCGAACAAUAUCGCUGGCUCCAGGUGGAUUAUCAGAUAGGAGUGUUUAUCUCAAGAUCGUCCGUCAAUCUCAUCACGAUUAACAAAAUCUGGAUCAUGGCUCUGUUACAGUUUAUCAACGUCGUAAUUCUACUGUUCGAGACGCUGUUCUACUAUUUGCCCAGUAUUUGGAUUGUGUUCGCGUUCGUUUUGUGGGAGGGCCUUCUUGGUGGUGGAGCAUACGUGAAUACGUUUUAUCGAAUGUCUACCGAGAUUCCAAGAGCGGAUCGUAAAAUUUCCUUGGGAAUUGCUACGAUGGCCGAUUCCAUUGGAAUCGCGUUGGCAGGAUGGUUGUCUAUGCCGGUUCACAAUGCUAUUUGUAGACUGCCACAACCGUCUCGAGUGGGAAGCUAGGAGACAAACAUAAGAUAGUAUUUAACAACGGUCAUGCGAAUAUAAGCAGGAUCGUGACGCCGUGAUACAUACGUUAUUUAUUACCGAAUCUUCUUCGACACGCCAUCAUGGCUUCGAUAAUGUUGAUAACUGAGGUAACGUGGUUCGUACAUCAUUCCGGUUUCUAGCCAUUAUUAUGCUACCGUUAAUUAUUGUAGCAAAACGCGAUUAGUAUCGCCAUGAUCAAGCUUGAUACCUCGUUCGUAUUAACUUCGAAAACAUAGAAUUUAUUCGAUGCUGCUCGUCGAUUGAACUUCCAUCGAACUGGAAUCAUGGACGAUGCUUAAAAAUUGGACUACGAUUCGACAGAAACCGAUGUUCCUAAAUGAAAAAAAAGAAAAAACAAGAAAUUUAACUCGCUAGAUUGUAAGUUCGAUCGUUCGCAGAUUUAUUUGGUACAAAUAUUUAAAGGAUUAGGAACAGAAUUGUUUUACGAUUAGUUUGAUUUCGUUUCGCAGCGCGUUUCUUCUUCCUUAACAGAGAAGAAGAGCAAAAAGCAGCGAAUCGCGCAACGGGAAAACCAGAAAUUGGAUAUAGACGAGGAAAUCUCGUCUCGAUUUAUCAUACGCGUCAACAGCAUUCGACCCCUGUUGUCGAAUAUCGCAGCGCUACGCUUUUGUAAACGCGACCUAAAAUUUUCUGAUUAUGGGCUACGCGUUUCAUCAUGCGUUCUUAGCUAGUAGGUUUAUACGUCGUUUAACAUUUGGUCGAAACAAGAACGACUACCAGUAUUCGUAGUUAGCGUAACACAUCGAUUUUUGCCACGCGUUAUAGGCGCAUUCGAUGAACGAGACAGCGUUCGAUUUACAAUAUUUUUAUUGUUUAUGCACGACUCGUGUCCAUAUGUUAAACACCUUUUCAAAAAUAUUGCUGACAAGAUUAUCUCGGUUUAUUUCGCUAAAAUGAUAACGAAUUUCGUAUUUCGCUUGACCACGUCACAAUAUAUCAUAACACGGGUUGUGCGUUGUGUUUAUAAAAAUUAUUUCUUUUUUUUUUUUGCAAAGAUAAAGUCGUCCAAUCGAUUUUUAAUCAUGGCCGAAAUUUCAAACAUUCCUCGUCAAAAGGAUAUUUGUUGAAACACGCGAGAGUGUUAAUUAGAAGUAUUAUAAUAUCAAGUCGCAGAGUAAAUACGGUAGGACCGGAAAUUUCGACGAACGAUUCUUCGUCUCCGUUACGAGAAAGGUCCUUUCCAUUCUUCUAGCAAAAUAAUUCGCCUUUUCCUAAAUACAUAUUGUAUAUGUGAUAUACCGAUAAUACUGUUUCCUACAUUUAUUUUGAGAUAUAAAUAUAUAUAGUAUAUAUAUAUAUAUAUUUAUAUACGAAAUAUUAUAUUGUUUAUUACGCCGUAAUAUAUAUAUAUAUAUUAUAUUUAUCGUUGUAAAAUUGGAACUGCUUGUGACGCGUUCUAAAAUGAAUGUUCUGCGGUUCGCGGUUCUCCUAAUUUCAUUUUAUCGUAUUUUAUUUCUUUUUUUUUCUUUUUAGUAUAAGGAAAAUAAAUAAAAGAAAGAACGAUUACGACAGCGAAGCGUGGAAAACAAAUGAAAUCGAAACAUUGUUCAAAUAUGUAACUUGUUGUGAAUAUGUUCGAAAUAAACGAUAAAUAUUCUUUUUCGAAAA